AUGAGCCAUUCUCUCUCUAAAAGCGAGGCAUCAAAGCCUGGCCCGAUCUGGCUGCCUUCAACGCCACACGACAAGAUCCCAAUGAACAUUUACCGCGAGCAUAUUAAUCGAAAGUUCAAUCAAAGUCUGCAAAAUUCACAGGAACUUCAUCGUUGGUCUGUCAACAACCUGCAAGACUUCUGGGUUGAUCUACACCAGUACACAGGCAUCAUUCCCUCGUUGCCGCCGACCACGACCAUGGCAUUUAACCCAAAUACGCCGAUGGAAGAGGUUCCCGCGUUCUUCACUGGACUGACGGUCAAUUAUGCAGAGAAUGUUUUAUGUGAUCGGGACUCGGCAAAAGCCGCACUCAUUGGGGUUCGAGAAGGUCAAGACUUGAACGGAGUAGUUUGGUCUUGGGGGUUGCUCCAAGAGAAUGUGCGGAUGGCAAGAAGUGCUCUUCUGCAACUUGGAGUCCAAGAUGGAGAUCGCGUUGCAGCCAUCAUUUCGACCAGUGUCUGGUCUGUAGGGCUCUUCUUGGCCACUGCCAGUAUCGGCGCCAUUUGGACUAGCAUUGCGCCCGACCUGGGCGAAGAAGGGUGUAUCUCAAGAUUGCAACAAGUCACUCCCAAAGUUCUGUUCGCAGACAGCGAGUCAACAUACAAGGGGCAACUGCGUUCCAAUGUGAGAAAGAUCCAGAAUAUCUUUCGAACACUGAAGACCAAACCCCAGGUAUUCUUGAUUUCCAUUGCGGGGGCUCAUAUGCGAGCAUUUCCGAGUCUGGAUCAGUUUCUGUCUGCGUCGCGAUCGGAAGACAAGCUAGAGUUCAAGAGAGUCCCUUUUUCUCAUCCUCUCUAUAUUCUAUACACCAGUGGAACCACCGGGCAGCCAAAAUGUUUGGUGCACAGCCAUAGUGUUAUCCUACAGCAUAAGAAGACAUCAGUGUUGCAUAACUCGUUGACUGCUGAUGAUGUUGUUUUCCAGUACAGUAGUACCUCCUGGGUAUUGUGGAAUAUUAUGAUCGGCCACCUUUCAGUAGGCCCAACUUUGAUUCUAUACGAUGGAUCACCGCUGUGGCCGACGGCUAAGGGGAUGGCUAAGAUCGCAGAAUAUCACCGGGUGACAUAUUGGGGCUGCUCGCCUCGGUACUUGCAGGAGCUAGAAACGACUCGAUGCAUUCCGAAAGACGAGUUCGAUCUGUCCUCGUUGCGAAUGGUACAGACGGGUGGUUCUCACCUCGGAGCUGACCAAUACCAUUGGUUUUACCGUGCAUUUCCUUCUCGUGUCCAUUUGACGAGCGUCACUGGCGGCACUGACUUGGUGACUUCUUGGGUUGGCACAGACCCAGCAGGUCCGGUUUACCCUGGCGAGAUCCAGCUCCCCAUGUUGGGCCAGGAUGUGGAUGUAGCAGACCCUAUCACGGGAAAAUCAAUCAAGAUGACAGGAAGGCAUGGAGAAUUCGUCUGUCGACAACCCUUUCCAUCUAUGCCCGUGUUCUUCUGGGGUGAUCCAGAUGGGUCCAAGUAUCGAGCCACUUACUUCGACAAGUUCCAGAAUUGUUGGGCCCAGCACGACUGGGCUAGCUAUAAUCCCCAGACGCAAGGCUGGCAAAUUCACGGAAGAAGCGAUGGCGUCCUGAACCCCCAGGGCAUUCGCUUCGGGUCAUCCGAUAUCUACUCGAUCACGGAAUCGGCACCAUUCAACAAAGUAAUAUCCGCGACUCUGUGCAUCGGCAGACGCAGGCCGCAUGACACGGACGAGGCAGUCUUCUUGUUUGUGGUCAUGCAGCCGGGGCAGUCUUUCAGUGACCGACUUAGCCUGGAGCUCAAGGAUGCGAUCCGGAAGGGCCUGAGCAACAAACACAUUCCGCGGUUUGUGAUUGGUGUCGGCGAGAUUCCAAUGACCGUCAAUGGCAAAAAGAUUGAGACCAUGGCAAAGCACAUCGUCUCCUCAGGCCAAUUGCCCCAGACGAUCAGCAGCACGGUUGCGAAUCCCGAGUGUUUAGAGCAUUUUAGACAGUAUUUCUACUUCGAAAAGAAGAAAGACAACCACGGCAGGCUAUAA